UUUGACAGGCAGGCACUUCAGCUGGAAUUUCUCGCCGAGGCCGCUUUUGCUUUUGGGUUUUUUCCAUUCUUGAUUUUCCCAUUUAUGGUGAUUAUAUCUAAAACGUCUUUUUCUAAAUAAACGCCUCGAGGCAGUGAGGAAGGAGGAAGGGGAAAAGGGAGGCGAUUAAAUUUUUUCAAAGAAGAAUCCACCCGCGGCGGCUGUUACCAGGAUGGAUGUGGGAGACGCUUUGCUUUCUUCGCAGGAGCAGGGAGAGGGUGGAGGUUUGCCCGGAGGCACACGGUGGGGCGCGGCGGAGCCAAGAGGGUCCUCACCCGCACUCCACAUUCGGGGGCCCUGGGAUGGGGCGGGGGGCUGCUGGGGCUUCUCAGAUGCUGCUGCCGGAGGGGAAGCCGCAGACCUCUCUUGCAGUUUUCUGGGGACAGCUGUCACCGUGUUCUGUGCCCUCCCCUACGGUGGGCAAGCUCUGCCCCCGAUCUCACAGGGCUCCCCACUGCCUCCGACCCCAGCCUGGCCUCUGAGGCUUCGGCCUGCCUUCCACCUGCGCCCACCCGGCUGUCAGCCCUGGCGCUACUGACUUUCAGAUGCCACCUCCUGGUCUUCAUCCACCCGCGAUGCUGUUCCUCUGCGGGCGGGCAGGGGAGGGGCGGCCCCAGCGGGUGGGGAAGUGUUGCCCAAAGGCCCCCCACCCCUCCCCGGGCUGCGGUCUGACAGUUGGCCGGACCUUUUCCUGUCGGCUGCUGGUGCUAGGUCAGACCCCUCCUGCGAGGCGGGGGGCUGUGGCCAUUGGCAGUUUGUCCCUGAGGACCCCUCCUCCCUGGAGGUCACACCAGUCUUGAAGCAAUAUGAGCAGCCCGGAGCCACCCACAGAGCCCCCCGAGCCUGACGACCCCAGCGGGUCAACGCAGCCCACGUACAGCAACCUCGGUGAGGUCCGUGCCCACCUGCUGCCCUCCAAGGCCUGCCGCCCCCGGACCCCUGGGUCCCUCUCCACCGACCCACAGCCCCUGCCCCCACCCCUGCCCCAGAAGAUCCUAACCCGGACGCAGUCACUGCCCACGCGCAGGGGCCUCCACCCCAGCUCCACCCAAGUAAAGCCGCCCCGGAGGCCCCUUCUGGGGUCCCACAGUGUGGAUGAGAGCCAGGCCGAGGCGGGACCAGCAGGUCUCCCUGCAGAGCUGACCUUCGGUCUAGUGGACGCCCCUCUGCACCUCUCCCUCCGUGAUCUGCACAGCCCCGAGGCCGUGCUGGCUGCACUGGCUGCCCAGCAGCUGGAGGGCCUCCGUGCCAUCUACGCCCGGCUCCGUGCCCGGCUCAUGGGAGGCCACCCUGGGCCCUGCCGCCCCGGCCACAGCUUCCGCCUCCUGGACAGCUCGCCCUGCGCGGAGAGCGGGGACGCCCUGUACUACCGCGUGGUGCGCGUGCACGAAGAGGCCUGGCACAUCCUGGUGGCCAAGGUGCCCAAGCCCGAGGCGGACGUGCCCCACCCGUGGGGCCUGAAGCUGCAGGCCUCCCUGUCCCCGCACUUCAAUCUGCAGGGGCUGUGUGGCCUGGUGCCAGAAGGCACGCUGCCCGGGGCGCCCUGGAGGGGCGCGGUGGCGCUGGCAGCGGAGGUGCCGGAGCGCACGGUGGCGCAGUGGCUGGCGGAGGCCUGCGCGCAGCCGCCGGAGGAGUUCGCGUGGGCCGUGGCCCUGCAGCUCCUGCAGCUGAGCGCCGCCCUGGAGUUCCUGGAGGCCCGGGGCGCCGCCCUGGUCGAGCUGCGGCCGGAGAACUUGCUGCUGGCGGCCCCGCGGGGCUGUGCCGCGACGGGGCCCCCGCGCCUGCUCCUCGCGGACUUUGGCCGCGUCUGCCGGCAGCCCCCCGGCCCCCCCGGCCCCCACGCGCCGCAGCUGGGCCGCCUCCUCCGCACGCUGCUCGGCCUCGCUGCGCCCUCGACCUUGGCCGCGGGCCUGGAGCGCCUGGCAGCGCAGUUGACCCGCUGGCGGCCCUCGGCGUCCCGCACGCGGGGCGCGCUGCAGGCGCUGCUCUGGGGGCCCGGGCCUGAGCUGCGCGGCCGGGGAGCACCGCUGGGGCCCUGGCUCCGGGCGCUCGGGCCGUGGCUGCGGGUGCGCCGCGCGCUACUGCUCCUGCGCCUGGCAGAGCGCGCGGCAGGCGGGGAGGCGCCGGGUCUCGAGGACUGGCUGUGCUGCGAGUACCUGGCCGAGGCCACCGAGUCCUCGAUGGGCCAGGCCCUGGCGCUGCUGUGGGACUGACCCCAACCCUCGGCGAACACACCUGGCCCAGGCCUGCCCAGGAGGCAGGGCUGGGGCUGAGGUCGGCGUCUCCGUGAUAGCCGGGACAACCCCUUCUUCCUGCGCGGCCCAGGUCGAAGCAGAGGGAGCAGUGCCUGCGCUCCACAGCCUCCCGCCUGCGCUGGGGAUGGGGGUCCAGGGCUGGGGGCCGAUGGCCGAUGGCCAACGCCUCCUGUGUGGGCAGCACCUCCCUGAAGCCAGGCCCCCACACCUCUUCCAGGAGCGAACACCCCGCUGAUCACUGUGGUUCUGAAUGUGUUCUGCCUUCCCCAGCGGCCAGGGCGCUCUUCCGGCCGCAGGGUCUGUCACUGUCUCCAUGAGAGGCCAAGACCAGGACCAGAGGCAUCCCUGGACCCGGGGCACCCCCUGUGCUGAGACGACCAGUGAUUCUGGGUGUGUGGUGGGGAAUUGCUGGAUGCUGUCAGGGGAAGGGAAGGCUCCCUGGGGGACCUUAGACACCCAGCCCAGAGGGGUCUGGACUCACCGUCCCUGAAAGUCCCCGUGGUUCUGUGCCACCUCCCCCAGUCCCUCUGCGUCCACCCUGCCUCCCUUCCUCCCUGUUCCUCCGUGACCACUAACUUCUUUCCCGCCCCCAAGCAUUUGUAGAAGCUGUUUCCUCUGCCACACCGUUCCAGUUCCACUUCCUCUAAACAAAUAAAGGUUGCCCCCCCCCCGGGCGCCCUGCUAGCUCCUUACCCUGCGCUCUCUGCCCAGUCCCAGCAAGCAGCACCACCAAGGGGCAUUGAUUCCUCUCUCUCCUUAUGUUACUGUCCCCAAGGCGGUGAGUUCCCUGGAGGCAAAGGCCAGGCCUGGCACACAGUAGGUGCUCACUUAAUACCGCUGGAUGAUGGAAUAAACAGGCACAGAGGAGACUCACUCAUGGGGAAUAGGAGUCUUCCUUUAGGCCUCUGCCACUUUGCACUGCCUUGCCUGUGGCCUCCCUGGAGCCCCAGGGUUGCCCCUCCAUUCCAUUUCCCAUGGCAUUCCUAUGAGGUCCCUCUCCAGCUCAAACACUUCCCAUGGCUCCCCAGUGCCCUGGAAUACACACAGGGCUCUUCCCUUUUGAAGUCUCCAACCCCAUGUUGUUCAUCCUUGGAGGUACUUUCUGGUACCCGCCCCCACUUCGCCCAAUUUUUUUUUUUUUUUUAAAGAUCCGCCAACCUCAGCCUCGCAGAGUGUUGGGAUUACACGCGUGAGCCACCGCGCCCGGCGCCCAAGUUGUUUUUUUACGCUGAAAACAGCCCCCCCUCGACUAUGCUUGACUCGUAUUCAGCCUGCAAGGCCUCAGCUCCAAAGCCCCCCUUUCCUGCAUUUGCGCCGCCCUAACGAGCUGGGAGUGUCUGUGUCCAGGUCUGUCCCCCCAGCCAACCCCACCAUCGCUCAGACAGCUGAAUAUGCCCCCG